AUGUUCGAGAAGAUUUGGGACGCCCACGUGGUUCAUGAGGAACCAGGGCAGCCCACUGUACUUUACGUAGACCUGCAUUUGAUACAUGAGGUUACUACCCCUCAGGCUUUCGAAGGCCUGCGAAUGGCCGGCCGCAGCGUUCGCCGUCCCGAUCUGACCGUAGCAACGGUGGACCAUAACACCCCCACCUGGGACCUGUCCCUUCCCAUUACCGAUGAGAUUUCCAAGGGCCAAUUGGAUGCCAUGGUGGAAAAUACCCGCGACUUUGGCCUUACCCUGUUUGACCGGUUCAGCCCCUACCAGGGGAUCGUCCACGUCAUUGGCCCCGACCUGGGUUACACCCUGCCUGGCAAGACCGUGGUAUGCGGUGACAGCCACACCUCUACGCAUGGCGCCCUUGGUUGCCUCGCGGUGGGCAUUGGAACGUCUGAAGUGGAGCACGUGCUGGCGACGCAGACCCUCCGCCAGUUCAAGCCCAGGACCAUGGAGGUUAGGGUCGACGGUCAAUUGCCCAAGGGCGUGGUGGCCAAGGAUGUGAUCCUGGGCAUCAUAGGGCAGAUCGGCGUGAACGGCGGUGUAGGUCAUGUCAUCGAGUACACGGGUGAAGCCAUCCGUUCCCUUUCUAUGGACGGCCGCAUGACGGUCUGCAACAUGAGCAUCGAGGGUGGUGCCCGGGCCGGAAUGAUCGCGCCAGAUCAGACAACAUUUGACUACGUCACUGGCCGUCAAUUUGCGCCGAAGGGUGAAGAACUGGAAAAGGCCAUUGAAGAGUGGCGCAAGUUGCCCUCCGACGAAGGAGCAACCUUUGAUCGGUUGGUGGAAAUAGACGCCGCGUCCCUGGAACCCUUCGUCACGUGGGGUACUAACCCGGGCAUGGUGGCCAAAGUAACCGACCGGGUUCCUGACCCCGCCUCCUUCGAUGAGGCUGCGCAGCGCGAAGCUGCCGAGCGGGCCCUAACGUAUAUGGAUUUGGAACCCAACAUGCCGAUUUCCGAUAUAAAGCUGGACCGGGUAUUCAUCGGAGCCUGUACAAACUCCCGAUUGGAAGACCUUCGAGCCGCCGCCGAUGUGGUCAAGGGUCGCAAGGUCCAUCCUGACGUUUACGCCAUGGUGGUGCCUGGCUCUGCCCUGAUCAAAGCCCAGGCCGAGGCCGAAGGUCUGGACCGCAUCUUCACGGACGCGGGGCUGGACUGGCGGGUGGCAGGAUGCUCCAUGUGCCUGGGAAUGAACCCGGACGUCCUUUCGCCUGGUGAGCGUUGCGCCUCCACGUCCAACCGCAACUUCGAAGGCAGGGCAGGGCCAGGGUGGUCGCACCCACCUGCCCCCCUGGAUCGAGUCAACGUUGACACCGACGCAAUUAUUCCGGCGAUCCACCUCAAGAGCAUCCGCCGCACGGGUUACGGCCAGUUUCUGUUCGAACGCUGGCGUUUUAACGAAGAUGGCAGCACCCGUCCCGAGUUUGUGCUGAACCAGCCAAGUUACGCCAACGCCAGUAUUCUGGUGGCCGGGCGCAACUUUGGCUGUGGCUCAUCCCGGGAGCACGCUCCCUGGGCCUUGAACGAAUACGGCAUACGCUGUGUAAUAGCCCCCAGCUUUGCGGACAUUUUCUUCAACAAUUGCUUCCAGAACGGGCUUUUGCCCAUCGUGCUGCCCGAGGAAAAGGUACGGCAGAUUAUGGAUUUGGCGUUGGAGAACCCCGGAGUUCGCCUGCACGUGGACCUGGAGGCUCAAAGAGUUUGGGACGAAAACGAAGAGAUCGUUGUCGAUUUCGACGUAAACCAAUUCCGGCGUUAUUGCCUGCUGAACGGCCUGGACGAUAUUGGCCUUACGUUGCAGCAGGAGGAUAAGAUAGCCGCUUUUGAGGCGGCGCGGGGUUAA